AUGAAGACCACGGAAGGCAAAGUGGUUUGGUGUGAGGGUGAUGAAGAAGCCGGCCGCGGUCUGCGGGAGGGACGGGCAACCGUGGAACGCCCUCAAUGGCGGUCUCGUUCCUCCAGCCGCCACCGAAUCAUUGAGCCUGCUACAGCUCUUCCCAUUAUAUAUCGUACCAUAGAGAGCCAAACAAACCGAGCGUGCCAAGGCAAUAGAUGCAGUGGUUUUAAGUAA